AUGAGGUUGUUUGUAUAUAUCAUCACGUGGAUAAUUGCUAUAUAUAGCAUACAGAUCAAUGCAUCGGUAGUAGGGAUCGACUAUGGCCUGGAAUGGUUUAAAGUGUCGAUCGUCAAGCCAGGAGUUCCUCUUGAAAUUGUAUUGAACAAGGAAUCAAAGAGGAAGACCCAGUCCAUUGUCACUCUACGCAACCAUGUCAGAUCCUUCUCUACUGAUGCUGUCAAUGCUGGUACCAGAUACCCACAAGACACAUAUCUGUCCCUCAAAAACCUCCUCGGCAGAAAAUAUCACGACAAACAGGCUACCGAAUACCGUGACAGCUACCCAAACAGACUACUACCACACCCUCAUAGAGAAUCAUGCUCCUUCAAGGCGGACGACGGCGACAUAUACACUACCGAGGAACUAGUCGCCAUGCAACUCGCAUACGCCAAAAGCCUGGCUCAGGACUAUGGUGCUGAAGCUGUAUCUGGUGCUGUCAUUACGGUGCCGCCUUAUUUCAACCAUUUCGAGAGGCAGGCUAUAUUGGAUGCCGCCGAGAUUGCUGGUCUGCGUGUGUACUCGCUCAUGAAUGAUGCUACCGCCAUCGCACUGAAUUACGCAAUGACGCGAACAUUCGCAACCCCCCAAUACCACAUCAUAUACGACAUGGGUGCUGGCUCAACCGCUGCGUCGCUAGUCCACUUCCAAGACACAUCCAUAAAAGACGGAAACCUAUUCCGCAACAAGACAGUCCCUCAAAUAACCAUAAAAGCUACUGGCUCAGACCACACUCUCGGUGGAUCCAUCCUCGACUCUCGUCUCCUAAACCGAUUCAUCACCCACUUCCAAAAGGAAAAGUCACUUGAUGCGAGAGAAUCGCCUAGAGCAAUGGCUAAAUUGUUAAAGGAAGCCAGUCGGGUUAAACAGGUGCUGUCUGCCAAUAAUCAGGUUAUGGCUUCUGUGGAAGGGUUGAUGAAUGAUGUGGAUUUCAAAAUGGUGGUGAUGAGAAGUGAUUUGGAAGAGGAUUGUAAGGAUGUGUUUGGGAGGGUUACGGCACCUAUUGCCCAGGUUUUGGAUGAAGCGAAACUAACCUUGGCUGAUAUCACAUCAGUCAUUUUACAUGGUGGUGGAUCUCGUAUUCCUGCUAUUCAAAAUGCUCUACGUGAAUAUCUUGGAGAGUCCAUGAUCGCUCAGAAUGUCAACAUGGAUGAAGCAGCUGUCAUGGGUGCUGGUCUACGAGCAGCCGCUCUCAGCAAACAAUUCAAAGUCCGUGAAAUUGGAAUCAAGGACGUCAAUGAGUUUCCUAUUAAUAUUGUUUAUGAGGCGGAGAGCAAAGAUGCAUCCCCUCCAAGAAGUCUUAAAAUGACACUGUUUCCUGAGAAUGGAGCUAUGGGUGCUAAAAAGCUCAUGAAUUUUCAGAGAAAGAGUGAUUUUUCAUUUGAUCUAUCCUACUCCAACGAGUCGGUGGUAAUCCUACGAGCCCAAGUAAAAGGCUUAACCAGUGCAAUAAAUGGUGCCAAGACACCAUUAUUGUCAUCGAAAGUCAAGGCAACCGUUGAAUUAGCAGAUGCUGGAACGCUGCAUGUUAGAGAUGCUUCUGUAUUCUUGGAGGUUGAAAAGAAUGCUACUGCUUCAAAUAUAUUUGAUAAAGUAACCAGCUUCUUUGGUGGAAAGAAAUCUGAUAAUGAGACUGAUAAGGAUGGUGGUGAAGAUCAGGCCAAAGAGGAAGUGGGAGAUUCGUCGACAGAAUCCAAUGCUACGACUUCUGCAUCAACAAAGACGACUAGUACUGCUGCCGCUGCUGCAUCGGCAAAGGAAACCUCAUCCGUUGAGCAGGUGAAGCUUGAUGUAACCGUCGAGUAUCCAGUGUUUCCGCCAUUGCAAGAGUCCGUGAAAGCGACUGCUAAGAAACGAUUGUCUAAAAUGGAUGCAGAAGACAAGGGCCGACUAGCACGAGAAGAAGCUCGCAACACACUGGAAGCCUUCAUAUACUCUGCCCGUGAUUUCCUCCAAGACACCGGUAUCCAUUCAAUCAGCACAGAAGCCCAACGCUCUGCUUUCGAAUCAGCCAUAUCGGAACACCAAUCUUGGCUAUUUGAUUCAGCAGACGAACAACCAACUCACGAAUUCGUAACCAGAUUAGAGGAAUUGCAAAAAAUCAAAACCCCAUUUGUGACACGACGAAAUGAAGUAACUGCCCGUCCUGAAGCUAUAGAAGCCCUCCGAAAGGCCAUAUCAGGCAUCCAGACAUACAUAGAACAAGACCUCAAUACCGAUAAAGAAGGUGCUUCUAAAUGGGAUCGCCUGCUUGAUGGAAUCAAAAAAGUCGAGUCGUGGGUUGAUACCAAGUCAUCAGAACAGGAUCUGAUUAAAUCACACGAAGAUCCUGUAUUAACUAGCAGUGAUAUUGAAGCCAAGGCUAAAGACAUCCAGAGUGAGUUUGUGAAGAUUGUUAGGUUGGCUGCUGCUGCUAAAGCAAAGAAGGCGAGUGCUGCUAGUGCAAGUGCAGCUAGUAGUAAGAGUGCUGCUGCAAGUGCCAGUAAAGCUGCUGCUGCUGCUGCUGAUAAGGCUAAGGCGACACCAUCAGUUGCUGAUGGUGGUGAUGAUGAAAAGAGUGGAGAGGGAGGAGGAGGAGGAGAAGGUGGUGACACACCAGUUGUAAAUGAGAAGGAUGAGCUGUAG